CCCCAACGACCGAAGAACUCGACAACAUCAAGAAACCUCCCUCAGUCGAUAUAUCCAAGCCUAACAAUCACUAUCCAUCAACCGAGCCUACCAUCUCCCAUUCAAACUCAGUACCCAACAUCUUCGACUCAGCUACUACCUCCCUCGGUCUCUCAUCAUCCACCUCCUCCUCCCUACAACAAUCCGAUCAACUUCCUAACAACCCUGGCCUCAAACCUUAUCAAUCCAACAAUCACCAAAAUAACAACAACAACAACAAGUUUCGUCUCUCCCUCCACCCCACUUCCAAGCAGCAACCCUCCUCAAAACACUUUCAUCGUCACAGUGUCCUACCCCCAGAAGCCAGGCAAUACCACCCUGGAGUCUUUCCACCACUCUCAUCUCCCAUGUCCACCCUAUCCAUGCCCCCAAACAGAUCAGCCUCCACCCUCUCAACCGAUUCGGGCUCGAUCCCCAAACUGACUACCACCAACCCAGCCAAUAAGAUCGAGGCCAUCGAAUCCUUAUCGCUCAGCGGCAAUGAGUCCAACGAACUGCCAGUCCUCACCGAGAAUCCUGAACCACAAGAAUCAGAUUCAUUCACCAUCCCAGCCUAUUCAUCCUCCAAGUCAGAAGAUCCAUCAUCAUCAUCUAACUUGAUCCCCAAAACUUCUUCAUCCUCCUCUCGAUCCAACUUGAGUCCAACUCAUCCCUCUCAACCUCCCCUGCCUCCACUCCACAACUCCUCUUCCUCUUCCACCUCGACAUCCUCCCAGCAACAGCAACCACAGCAGUAUCACCAGCAGCAACAACCACCCUCAACCCCUGCGGCCAACUCGUUCCCCCACUCUGCUCAACCGACCGCCAAACGACGGAUGCUCACACCCACCUUCCUACCCUUCACCCAGAUCAAGGUCACCAACUCUCACAUCAGAGCCAAUGAGAAGAGUAAGGAGGUCAUCUCCUUCUCCAUCAACAUCAACAUCAUCAUCCCUCCCGAGAGUGACCCCGAACGCAAGGGGGCUAAGGCUAGCUGGGUCGUCGAAAAGUUUUACUCGGACGUACUCACCUUGGACCAUUUGGUGAAAUCUAAACACUCGAAGAGUCAAAAUAAAGCUCUCGCUCAACUGCCCGAUCGUGCCCUGUUCAAGGAUCAUGCUCCGAGUAAGGUGGAUGCUCGUAAAGCUGUUCUCCAAAAAUACCUACAGAGCUUGUGUACUGCUCAACUAAAAGAGAAGGGAGACGUCUGCGAUUUCUUCAAUUCGAAUAUCGUGAUUAGUGAACGAGCGAGCGUACCCAAUCGACCCGGCUUCAUGCAAGGCUACCUCACCAAGAAAGGCAGGAACUUUGGAGGAUGGCAGACCAGAUUCUACGUUUUGGAUGGGCCGAUUCUCGAGUACUUUGACACCAGAGGAGGCAAUCGAUUAGGACAUAUCGUGAUUACUGGGGCUCAGAUCGGACGACAACAGCCUCGCCCACAAGAGAUCAAUGACGAUUCCUACCGCCAUGCGUUUCUGAUUCGCAUGCACAAGCGAGAGAAGGAAGGCGAGGUGGAUCACAUCCUGUGUGCAGAGACGGACGAGGAGCGGGACGCUUGGGUGGAUGCUCUGACCUGCUACGUCACCGGCCGAUACGUCUCCGCUGACCCUGGAGCAGUCGCAUCGAUCCCACCUGCUACUAGUGGCUCAUCACCCGACUCAACUCCCUCUCGUCCAGCACCCAACUCGAACUCCUAUUCCUCCUUCUCCGACAACCGUCCUGGUCGUCAAACCUCCUUGGACGGUACAUCGAGAGCCGACGGCCCACACCCAGCCUCCACCUCCUCUCACCACCAACACUCCUCCUCCUCCGACUUACGGACCGAGUCCAAAUCGAGCAGAAACGCUCAUCUUCGUACGGACUCGAUCAACUCCUCUUCAUUCAACCCCUCUGCCUCCUCGUCUCAUCCUACUGAGAACCCAACUCCUACAAUCUUGGAAGAACCUCUGUCGUCGAACUCGACCACUACACGUAAGAUAUCCUCUGAACAACCACAACCGCCGAACUCAGAACCUGUCCGACAUAAAUCGGCUGUCUCCGAUAACCGUUCGGCUACCUUGGUGGAUGCCCGUAGUCCACCGAGCACGAGUAACAACAACAACGAAGCUCAAAAACCAUCCAAGCCACCCUCACAAUCACAACAGUCACAAUCCCAGCAACAACAGUCAAGCAAUGCAGUGCCAUUGACACCCAGGACGAACAUCCAGAAUCGACAUCUCCAACAAACCAUCCAACAAGGCUCACCACAACAAGAGUCAGGAAUCGUAGGCUCGGAUGGGGAUUCGAUCACCACCUUAGAACGACCGAUGACCCCGGAGUCUCAACAACGGCCAAAGAUCUCAGGCCCCAUGAAUGGGGCGCCGAUCACGGGCGGCUAUCGGAUCAAGCCGGCGGAAGAGAAGAAGGCCAAGUUCCGAUCGGCCUUUUGGGGUUUUGCCGGCCGGACGACGGAGCGAGGCGGAGGCGUCGGCGGAGGAGGCGGAGCAGGGGGAGGCGGAGGCGGACAGUCAGGCGGGACGUCGGGCGGCUUAGGAUCGCCCGCACUCUUUGCACCUACCCCUCGCCCGGUCUUUGGCGUGUCCUUACAAGAAGCCGUCUCCGUUGCUCGGGUUCAUGAAGGCCUAGAUCUGCCUGCUAUCGUCUUCAGAUGUGUGGAGUUCUUGGAAGCUAAAGGGGCUAUCGAGGAGGAAGGCAUCUAUCGACUCUCUGGAUCAUCCGUCAUCAUCAAAGGGUACAAGGAACGCUUUAAUACCGAGGGCGACUUCAACCUCCUCGAAUCUUCCAAGGACGAGUAUCAUGACGUUCAUGCCGUCGCUGGACUCCUUAAACAGUUCCUUAGAGAACUUGCGUCGCCGAUUCUUACUCGAGAACUUCAUGGAGAAUUCCUUAAAGUCAUCGAUCUUUCACAACGAAGUGAUAAAGUCAACGAACUUGGAAGAUUGUGUUCCGAACUCCCGUUAUCGAACUACACCUUGUUGAGGUUUUUGUCCGCCCAUCUGAUCCAUGUGGUCCAGAACGAGAAGAUCAACAAGAUGUCGCUCCGUAACGUCGGUAUCGUCUUCUCGCCCACCCUUGGAAUGCCUGCGCCGUUGUUUGCUUUGUUGCUUAAGGAAUUCGAUUUGAUUUUCCAUAUCGAUGGUGAUAAUCGAGCGCGAUUUAAGUUACCAGACGAUCUGAAACAUCUGGUUCUAAUAUCAACAACCCGUCCGUAUCUUCAGGAGCUGGAGCUGCAUCGACUAAUCCUUCAUCAACGACGGGCAGCACUAAUCCGGUUGGCUCGGCUUUAGGCGCCCAUUCUAAAUCCACUUCUGUGGCUUGUGUGUCUGAGAAACGUAUCAGUAGGAAAGACCAUGUUGUAUUCGGCUACUGGUGCUGAUAUGUUAAUGGAACAUAAUAAACUUUCACGCUCGAAAGAGAACAUCAAUGAAGAUUCGGAUUCGGAGGUAGAGUAUGAUUCGUCAUCCGAGCCGGACGAAGAGAUGAUAGCCGCCGCGGCGACGCGACAAGCGAAACAGCACCCCGGACGGACCAGCCAGACCCAGGAUUCCAAGAAUCCAGCCAGUGGGAACGGGGGCAUGGUGGCUAGGAAGAGUCACAGUAGUGGACAUGUCAAGACUAAUAGUGCUGGCAGACCCAGUACGACUGGAUCUGGAGCGGGAGGAGGAGGAGGUCCAGCGACACCCUUGGUCUCGAUCGAUAGUCGCUUCGAUCUUCAUCAGCCGCCUUCUUCUACCCCUAAUCCGUCUCUUUCUUCCUCUAGACCUUCCUUACCCCGCCCCGUCUCUUCUGCUAUCCACCACCACCACCAUCAUCAUCAUCAUCCUAAUCAUCAAUCCCCGCACCAUCAUCAGCAACAGCAAUCCGCCCAACAUCAUCCUCAUCAUCCUCAUCACUCUUACCGUCAAUCCAACCAUCCAUCCUCUCUUAAUCCGAACCAUUUCUUGAGCUCUUCGCUCUCCUCUUCCUCCCAUUCUUCGGCCUCAUUCUCUGACCCCGCUCUUAAUCCAUCUUCGUCUUCUGUGGCUACCCCGAGUGUCUUUCCCCCUCCCCCGCCGCCUCAUCCUCACCCGCAAAGACCUAAUCAUCCUCUUUCUCAUCAACGCUCUAAUUCGAAAUCCUUGCUCUCUAAUUCGCAUUCUUCUUCUUCGGCUUCCUCUUCUUCUUCUUUGACUUCCGCUUCCCCUCAUGCCGGUAGUAGGCCUAGAACCGCUAGUUGAUUCUACCUUCUUCUUCCUCUCUCCCUUCUUUUUUCUUCUUUUGGAGCACUCGUCAUCUCUAUCUCUCUUUUUUACCUACUCCCUCUACUCUUCAAUUUUCUUCUUCUUCUUCUUUUUUUUCAAACUUUAUAAUAAUCUUCAAAAAAAAAAACUACAAAAAAAUAUCUUUAUUCUCUUUUUUUAUUUUUUUUUCUUUUCUCAAAUAAUAUUUUCCUCCCCCCCCCCCCUAAAAAAUAAUAAUAACAAAAUAAUUUAUAAAUAUAUAAAUAACAAAAUCCACUUGUCCAUUUUCUUUCUUUCUCUUGUCUUCUCUCUCAUCCAUACACCCUUCAUCACCACCACCACCAUCUUUACUUUUGUUUGUCUUGUCUUGUGUUUGUUUGCUUUUUUUUG